AUGGAUGUCAAUCAAAAUCAUGAGAAAGAAUUAAUAUGUAGUGUAAGUCAAUAAAAAUGUGCUCAUUUCAAUUUCCGCCAUUUAGAGCCCAAAUUUGGAAGAAGGAGAACUCGAAGAAGAAGAAGAAGAUGACAAUGAUGAAGAAAAAAAGGAAAUGGGAAUAAUGGAGCAGCAAAAAAUCAGUGGAAUUCCAAUGUGGGCAUUUCGCAGAUUCUACGAGAAACCUGAAAAAUAUGAAUGUAAUAUUGGAAGUUUGACGAUUCGGAAAGUUGGAAAUCAGAUUUUGAUGAAAUUCGGUUGGGAAGAUCGAGAUUAUCAAUGUGAAAUCGAUGAUUCUUGGAAUAGAGAUGAUUUAUGUUGUCGAAUUAAAGAAAAUGAUGAAUUUCGAGUUAAACUUGAGCCAAUUUAUCACAAAUUACGCGCGAAAUUGGAGUGUUUACCACAAUGUUUAUUGAUUGAUCGAAUUCAGAUUGAGGUGUGAGGAAUAUCGAGUUUUGAGAAUUUUUUUUUCUAUGUGAUAUAUUUUCUGGGUAACUAGUGGCUUCCAGAACAAAAAAGGACAAAAAAUAAAAGUAAAACAACGACACUCGACGGCUUGCCUGUUGUUUAAUUUUCUCACACUGUUUGAGCGGAGUGUCGUUUAUUUAUUUUUACAAGAUUGCGCGUAGGAUUUGGUGUUUACGGGCAGUCGGUGUUGACACACACUUUUUUUUGAAUAUGGAUAACAAAAUUUCCGAUUUUCAUCCGAAAAUUCCCAAAUAUUUUUCAGAACAGCGAAUCGGAAAAACUAGAAGAUACAAUUCUGGAAGUUUCAUUUUUCAAAAAAUGGAAAUGUCAAAGUUUGGAAUAUACAAUCACAAAACCAUUCGAUGGUUCUUAUGUUUUAUAUCGAUUAGUUACAAGUUUCAAACCGGCUGAAUUAUUGGUUCAAUUACAGUAUGGACAACAUUAUUUUCAUAAAUCUGGAUAUUCUGUCAAAGAGGUUGGUUUUAUGGGUUUGGGAGAUGAAAAAUUGUAAUUUUUUUUUGAAAUUCGAGUUCUGAGGGAUUUUGGUGGUCCAUGACUUUAAAAAUCGGAAUUUUCAUCAAAUUUCGGAUCUUGGAGUGAUUUUUUGUUGAAAAUUGGAAUUUCCAUGUAAAAUCGCGCUUUCAGCCAGUUUUUUGACUCCAGAACCUCAAAAAUCAAAAAAUUUUUAUGAAAAUUUGGAUUCAGGAACUCAAAAAUCAAUGUUUUCCAUCGAAAAACCUUCAAUUUUUAAGAUUUUUCAUUUCCAGAAUCAUUUCCACAUUUUCACUGAACACGGUUUCAUUUCUGGCCUCGAAUCGGACACCACAAAACUGCUCGAAAAAUGUACGGACCCGAUUUCAAAUCCCAAUUUUUUGUCGGAAACCAAUUUGGAAUAUGAGGGAUAUUUGAGAGAAAUUGGAUUCGCAAUGAAUUUUGGACGACUUUUUCGAAUGACAAUUGAGGAAAUGAAGAAAUUUAUGAAAUUAUUGAUGACUGCAAAUUAUUCGAAUCAUGGAAUAUUGAAGAAAUUUUUGUUGAAGUACGUUUUUGGGGGGAAAUAUUUGAGGAGAGAUCUGAAAAAUUAAAAAUUUUAGGUUGUAUUUGACCAAAAUUUGAAAAUUUAGAAGGUGAAAAAAUCGCUCCAGAAAUCAAUUUUUGAUAAAAAUUUUGUUUUCUGAGAUAUGGACUUCAGAAAUCGCUUUGGCACCCAAAUUUUGAUGAAAAUGAUGAUUUUUAAGGUGCGGGACCAAUGUUUUUCUAAAAAUUGAAGUUUUUAAGGUCCUGCAGCCAAGAAAAAUCCCCAGACACAAGUUUUCUUGAAAGUCUCUAAUUUUUGAGGUUCUGGCUUGAAAAAUUCGCUCCAGGACUAAUUUUUCAUGAAAAUUCCUAAUUUUCAAGGUCCUGCACUCUGAAAAUCGCUCCAGAAUUUAAUUUUUCUUGAAAUUUUCAUUUUUAGAGGUCCGAAACAAUGUUUUCACCUAAAAAUUCAAAUUUUUACAGAUGUCCAAGUGGUGACGUGGAUUGUGUGGCUUUCAAAAAACAAUGGACUGAAGAAAAACUGCAAAAAUUCGAGGAAAACGAGAAAACCUUCGUGUGCAUUCAGAAUUACACAAAAAUUCCCGAAAAUUCGAAAUUUUCGCUGAGUUUCGAAGUUUCGAAAUACGUGUUUCCGUUGGAUGAUCGACAAUUUUUGAAUUUCACCAAAAAAGUCCCGUUUUUGAAUAUCGCUUUUCGAGUUGAUGUAACUGAUGAAGCUGUUGUUGAAUUGAUUAAUGUAAGUGAUUUUGGACAGGGGGAAUUUGGUUGAAAAUUACUGGAAAUAAUUUCUAAAAGGUCCAGGAUUUUCAAAAUUUGGAAAUUUCUUGAAAAAUUAGGUCGAGGGACGAUUUUAUUGGUCCUGAACCUCAAUAAUCAAAAUUUUCUCAAAAAAUUGGGGCUUGGGACAGUUUUUUGGCUGAAGAGCUUGGAAAAGACGAGAAGGAGCGAUUUUUAGGUCCUGGAUCUCAAAAAUCAGAUUUUUCACGAAAUCUCAUGUCCUGGAGCGAUUUUUCGUUGAAAAUCUGUACUUUUCACUAAAAAUUGCUAAAGAUUGUUAUUUUUCAAUGAAAAUUCGAGUUUUUGAAGAAAAAAUGAGCUCAGAAUCUAUUUUCAGCUCAUCAAGAAAAUUCAUUUUCAAAAUAUUGAAAAUAAUUAAUUUCACUGUUUCAAAAAAUUAAUAAAGAAAAAAAUUUGGAAGUUUUUUUGAUAAGUCGAUUUCAUGGGAUAUUUGAAAACUCGGAAAUUUUGCGAAAAAUUAGAAUUUUAUGAAAAAAAAAUUUGAGUCCAGAACUGUUCUGGCAGAACAUCAAAAACUAAAAAUUUUCCAGGAUUGGUUCUUGGGUAAUCGAGAAAUCGAAGAAAUUCGGCUCCGCCUCAAAAAUCGAAUCGGCGACGAUUUAUCCGACAAAAUCCCAACUGGAAUUUCAGACCAAAAAUGGAUCAAAGUUAGACGAAAUCGGUGAGAGACUUUUUUCAGAAAAAAUGGCUGAAAAUCUGAAAUUUUCAACUAAAUUCUUACCACCAAAAAUUCCAAUUUUUGCAGAAAAAAUCAAAAAUCGACAUUAUAUAUUUGCAAAGAAUCACUUUCUCAUCGGGUUUUGUACAUCAAAUAUCAGGUAAAAUAA